AUGCUCAUGUUCAAAGAGCUGAUGGACAAAUAUCAAGGCGGGGCGGCGGAUCGACUCGCGCACGCUGCCCAGAUGCCUCGGCCUUCCCAUUAUUCUGAAUACCGCAUUGGCGCAGUGCCAGAAGAGGACCCGUUUGGCCAGUUCAUGUCGCACAUUGUCGUCAGCACGGUUGCAAGCCACAGGGAGUCGUACCGGUCUGCCGUGUACCAUGAGCCGCCGCAGCUCGAGAUCAUCGGGGUGCGAUCGGUAGUGAACCCAAGAGUGCAAGCAUCUUACAUGGCAAAGCUCCAGAACCUCGAGGGCAAGAGGCAGCGAAAGGGCAUGUGCUCUCCGAUUUCGGCUCUCUCUCAUCUGAAAGUGCCGGCGAGCAGGUACGAUUUCGACUUGAACGAGCAUUUCUUAUUCCAUGGGGCUGUACCAUCGACCCUAGCGGAGAUAUGCAGAGGUGGGUUCAAUCCGCAGAUGGGGGGCGAGACUUCUGGUAAGCUCUUCGGCACCGCUUCUUACUUCGCUGCGAAUUCUUCAAAAAGUGACGAUUACACAGAAGAUCGCGUAAAUCAGUUGGAAAAGAAUGCCAAGAGGACCUUAAUGGUUGCCCGCGUUGCCCUUGGGGAGUCUUUUCGCGCGUCAGAGCCCAUGCCGCAGAUCACCAGGCCUCCAGACGACGACGAAGGCGUGGUCUUUGAUUCGAUAUGGGCUGAUACAUCGAGACAAGGCGGCUGCGUGGAUCAUAUCGAAGUUAUGGUAUUUUCGGAGGCGCAGGCACUGCCGGUGGCGCUCGUGGACUACCGGCAUGCAGUCGGCUGCACGUGCGCCUUCUGCCGGAGGCGUCCCUGA